UCCGACCAUUUCCCGCCUUCCGGCAGCUCCGCCGCCCGCCGGACACAAUCGGGAUUUCCAAUCCCUAUGAAAUGCGACGGCCAAGCUCUCCCAAGGUCGGCCAUGGCCGUUCUUUUGAAACCCCUCCUCAAGCCACACCCAGCCCCAGUCGAGCCCAGCUCCUACGCCGCCGUCUUCCAGUCAUUCACCGGCAAGAGCCUUCUCAGGCAAGGGAAACAGCUGCACGCCCGCCUCGUCCUCGGCGGACUCUCCCCCGCCGCUUUCCUGGCCGCCAAAAUGGUCGCCAUGUACGGCAGUUCCGGCGACAUCGAUUCCGCCGCCCGGAUUUUCAAUUCCGCCGGAACCCUAACUCCUCUCCUCUUCAAUUCCAUCAUUCGCGCCUUCACUCUGUACAAAUACUCCGAGGAGACUCUCAGAAUCUAUUCUCGAAUGCAUUCUCUUAAUUUCCGCGCGGAUUACUUCACCUACCCCUUCGUAUUGAAAUCCAUGGCGGAUUUGAGCUUCCUCAGCUCCGGAAAAAGCGCACACGCCUUGAGCAUGAAGGACGGAUUGAAUUCCGACAUCUACGUCGGGACUUCGUUGAUCGACAUGUACGUGAAGUGCGGCGAGCUUGCGGAGGCCCACAAGGUGUUCGACGAAAUGCCUCUGAAAGAUAUAUCUUCAUGGAACGCUUUGAUCUCCGGAAACAUGCGAGACGGCAUCGUCGGCGUUGCCCGUAAACUGUUCGACGAAAUGCCGUGGCGAAAUAUCGUGUCGUGGACGAGCAUGAUCUCCGGCUACACGCAGAACGGUUUCGCCGGAGAUGCUCUGCAAAUUUUCGACGAAAUGCGCAAGGAUGGAUCGGAAGUGAAGCCGAAUUGGGUGACGAUUACAAGCAUUUUGCCGGCAUGUGGCCAAUCGGCAGCGCUGGAUCGCGGCCGAGAGAUUCAUUGUUUCGCUCGGGAGAAGGGUUUCGAUUCGCAUCCGUCGGUGCAGACCGCACUCGUCGGGAUGUACGCGAAAUGCGGGAGUCUACCGGAGGCGCGGCGGUGUUUCGAUACGUUAAACCCGGAUGCAAAGAAUUUAGUCGCUUGGAACACAAUGAUCGCCGCAUAUGCAUCGCACGGACACGGACUAGAUGCGGCGACGAUGUUCGAGGAGAUGAUCAAAGCCGGGAUUCGUCCCGACGGAAUUACGUUCACCGCUUUGUUGUCGGGAUGCAGCCAUUCUGGCCUUGUCGACAUCGGGUUGAGAUAUUUCGACGCGAUGAGUUCCAUGUAUCUAAUUGAGAAAAGCCCCGAGCAUUACGCUUGCGUCGUGGAUCUUUUGGGUCGCGCCGGGAGAUUAUCCGAGGCAUACGAGCUAAUCCUCCGUAUGCCGGUGCUGGCCGGGGCGGGGGUUUGGGGUUCGCUGCUGGCGGCGUCGCGAUCGCAUCGUAAUCUCGAAAUUUCCGAAUUGGCGGCUAAAAGGUUGUUCGAUCUCGAACCCGGGAACAGCGCGAGCUACGCCGUGCUCUCGAAUAUGUAUGCGGAGGCCGGCAUGUGGGACGAAGUCGACAAGUUGCGGGAUCGGCAGAAAUCGCAAAACGUUAAGAAGAACCCGGGAUGCAGUUGGAUCGAGCUCGACGGGAAAGUUCAUUUCUUUCUCGCCGGAGACGCGUCGACGGACAAAAUCAACGCGUUCUUGGAGGGGCUUCCGGAGAAGAUGAAGGCGUCGGGGUAUGCGCCGGACGUUAGCUGUGCGUUGCACGACGUGAGCGAGGAGGAAAAAGAGCGAUCUUUAAUGUCGCAUAGCGAGAAAUUAGCCGUGGCGUUUGGGCUAAUCAACACGGCGCCGGGUACGGCGCUCCGUGUCACCAAGAACAUUCGGAUUUGCCGGGAUUGCCACACGGCGAUCAAGUUCAUCUCCAAGGCGUACGAUCGUGAGAUCGUCGUGAGGGAUGUGAAUCGGUUUCAUUUUUUUAAAAACGGCGUGUGCUCUUGCAGCGACUAUUGGUGAAAAUUAGCGUAGUUUCGACUCGCGAAAAAUUCUCGGAUUUGGUUUUAGGUCGAUAGGUUUAGGUAACGAAGUUACCCAGUCUCGGCCUAACACCCAACAUCAGAAACUACGUGACUCUUUUAUCAUUUUAAGACGGUAAUUUGAA